AUGGCCACCGACGCUUCUGUUUCAAGCAUCAAACUGAUGAAUCAGGACCUUGUUAAGUUAGAUCGUUUCGAUGGAAGAAACUAUACCCGCUGGCAAGACAAAAUGACAUUUCUCCUGACCGCCUUGAAAAUUCAAUAUGUCUUGGAUCCUAAUCUGGAGGCAAUUCCAGAACCAACUGAGAAUGACACUGAUAAAGUAAAAAAGGAGAGAAAGAAACGAAAAGAAGAUGAACUGCUUUGUCGUGGACACAUCUUGAACACAUUAUCUGAUCGUCUCUAUGAUCUCUACACCAAUACUGCAUCCGCAAAGGAAAUCUGGAACGCACUCGAAUUCAAAUUCAAGGCCGAAGAAGAAGGUACGAAAAAGUUUUUAAUAUCUAAAUACUUUGAUUUUAAGAUGUUGGAUUCCAAGCCGAUUCUUGCACAAGUACACGAGUUACAGGUUCUCGUGAAUAAAAUAAAAGCCGUGAAAAUUGACAUUCCUGAAGCAUUCCAAGUCGGUGCGAUAAUAGCAAAAUUGCCACCUUCGUGGAAAGGAUACAGAAAGAAAUUGCUGCAUAGUUCUGAGGACUUUUCUUUUGAGAAACUUCAUAAACACCUUUGUAUCGAGGAGUAA